GUCUGUAUGGAUUUAACACUAUGGAAGGACAGUGUCCCAGCGAGUCCUUCCACAUGUUGCCCCAUUUGUGUCCAGCAUCACUCUGGUCUUUCCUGGCUUUUGCUUGAGCCAGAUGCUCCUCAUCCAGGUGUCCUUUACAGCUGCAUUUGCUCAGAUACGUUCUCACCCCGAUUUCUCUUUCUUUCUGUGGAGAAGAGCUGUGAUCUAUCCAGGUAAUGAAAGUUCAUACCGUAGUGUAUGCAUUGUGUAAUGUAAUGUAUUGUGUGACAAUAGGAAAUGUAACGUUAGUAUAUAGCAGAAGGGGAGCAACCCUGCAGAGUCCUGAGGGCUGUGAUGCUGAACUAUGCGAUGCCUCCCCAGCAAAUGAGGCUUGUGAAAUUGUGAUGCUUCCCAAGCCUCAUUUGCUGGGGAGGCAUCACUGUGGUGCUCCUGCCUGAGUAUGUAUAUCGGCACUACAUUGAAUCAAUGGUGAAUGCUCUCUUUUCCUAGGACUUCUGUUCCCUUUUUCCUUUCCAGACAAGUUCUUAGGCUCACUAAGAGUUAGUGGCAGGAAAUGCUUUUUACUAACAUCAAAGGACUCAAAAGCUCUUAGGUCCGGACUUUUUUGGAGGAAUCUAAAAGUCCCCACCACUCUCACAGCACUUUCUGUACAUGUAAGUGCUCAGGACUGAGCAUGUGCAGCUGGCUGCGCCCUGCCCAGGAACCUGCUCUUCCUUUCACUUCCCAAGUUAACAAAUGCUGCAAGAUGAAAACGCAUAUAGAAGUUUGAAAUUUUAAAAACUGGACAGAAAAGCUACAUUUAAACACUAUAGCUCAUUAACUGUGGGAAUUAGAUAUGGAUCUUGUUAUCUGAUAUUCUGAAAAGCUUCUUUUACCUUGAGAAAACCGAAGUCAUGUUUCGGGGGCAGAACACAGCACAGCACUGCUCAGCAGGAUCAGCCAGGUGAAUACUUUUCUGCCUUCCCCUUGUGCUUUUGGCUGAAGUUUCAGUGAAGAAGAUGUCUUCCUCGUUGUGCCAAAUCUCCAGAGUCUCCACAUCGCUGCCUGGUUUUCUCGCAUUCUUCAUUACUUUUCAUACUUGCAAGGUGGAAUCAGUUGUUGGACCUGAUCAGACAAUCACUGCCAUUGUGGGGGAAGAGAUCGUAUUGCCAUGCCGCCUGUCCCCCAGCAUGAGCGCUGAGAACAUGGACGUGAGGUGGUUCCGACCUGGGUCUACAAAUUAUGUUCAUCUGUACCGUGAUGGGAGAGAUCAGUUUGGACAACAGAUGCCACAAUACAAGAGAAGGACAGCGUUUUGGAAAGAUGGCAUCACAGCUGGAAAUGUUUCCUUGAGGAUUCUCAAUAUUGGGCCUUCAGAUGAAGGGCUAUACAUCUGCCUUGUUGAAGAUGAUAUUACUUAUAAAGAAGCUGUAAUAGAACUGAAGGUAGCAGCUUUAGGCUCUAAUCCUAUCAUCUCUGUGGAGGAUUACCAGAAGGGAGGGAUCCGCGUGACGUGUCGAUCUGCUGAGUGGUACCCAGAGCCCCAGGUGCUGUGGAGAAAUUCCCAGGGGCAUCAUAUUCCAUCGCUUUCUGAAAUAAAGUCCCCAAAGGUGAAUGGCCUGUUUGAAACAGAAAUUUCUGUUGUCAUAAACGGACAUUCAAACCAGAACUUGUCCUGUUGGAUCAGGAACAGCCUCCUCGACCGAGAGAAGGAAUCAGCAAUUCAUAUAUCAGCUCUCUUUUUUCCCAGGGUGAAUCCCUGGAUGGUGGCGCUGAGCGUACUCCUCGUGGUUGUGUUAAGUUUCACAAUCCUGAAUGUAUAUCUCUUCAAAAUAAAAGGAAACCUUCAACAAGAACUUGGGUGGAAAAGAGCUGUGAUCUGUCCAGGGCUGGGACACACUGCACCGCCUUUGGAAAAAGAGGACGUGACUCUGGAUCCAGACACAGCUCAUCCCUACCUCGACCUGUCUGAGGAUGGGAAAGUUGUGCAAUGGAGAUACACGAGGCAGCGCCUGCCCAACAAUCCUGAGAGAUUUGACACGUGGUGCUGUGUGCUGGGCCGUGAGGGAUUCACCUCCGGGAGACACUGGUGGGAGAUGGAGGUGGAGGUCGGGGAGGGGAGGUGGUGGGCCGUGGGGGUGGCCAGAGAGUCUGUGAGGAGGAAGGGAGGGAUCAGCUUUAGCCCCGAGGAGGGGGUCUGGGCUGUGCAGUGCUGCUGGAGAAAGUACGAGGCUCUCACUGCCCCUCAUUGCACCCCCCUGUCCCUGCACCGGGCGCCCAGCAGGGUGGGGGUGUAUCUGGACUGCACAUUGGGGCGGGUGUCAUUUCUCGAUGCUGACACCGGGGCCCCGAUCUUCACCUUCCCGCCGGCCUGGUUCGCGGGGGGCAGGAUUCGGCCCUGGUUCCUGGUGGAGGUCGGUGAAAUCAAGCUCAGAUGGCGCCAGCGAGAGGGAAAGGGAACGUGCAAGACAGGACCUGCUCGUUGUCCCCUCCGGCCUCAGUCGUGCUCGUGUCUGUGACCCUGGAGGACUCCUCUCGCUGCAGACGAUCAGCUGUGCUGUGUCCGUGGUCCUGGAUGCGCAGGCUGGGUUUCUUCAUCCCCCGACCACGGCGAGCAGGACGUGGCUGAGCUGGACGGUCGUCUCUGCCUGUGUGUUAUGUCCUGCAUGACCGAGGGGCCCUCGGGGGCCUGUGGGGUCUGGCACCCAUGGGUGCAGCUGCGGGGGGUCAGGGGAGGGCGAGAAAAAGGAGGGACCAAAACUCAGGGCUGGUUGUGUUGGGAAAUGCAGUUGAACCUGGCCCUGGUGUUCAUUGCAGCGCUCCUUGUCCAAAGCCUCCGGUCCUGAGAAGUGGAUCCGAUGCCACUGGUUUUAAAGUGAUUUGUGCAAAUUUUGGCCCUUUCCCCUCAUUCUGAUUAUUGAACAGUCACUCCAAAGUGAUUAACCGCACUCACGAUUGCAGUCAAUAAAGCUGUUGCUGAUACAUAUCAAAGUGUCUUUUGAUUGGUGAUUGAUUGAUUUAUUUCACAU